AUGCAGCAAAUACGAAACCCGCGGUUACUUGUAAGGAUUAUUACAAGCAAUCACAUAAAAUCGAGUGUUUGUCUCAUUGGUACUCUUGGCACAUCGAGAAAACCGAUAGCAAGCAUGGAGAAGUUGGUUUUGAAACGUACAGACCACAUUACCAAGUCCCAGGAGGACAAGAGGAGUUAUAGAGGGUUGGAACUUGCAAACAACAUGAAAAUUUUGCUUGUAAGUGACCCCAAUACCGAUAAAUCCGCUGCUGCUAUGGACGUGAAUGUUGGUUAUUUAAGCGAUCCUAAAGGUAUAUACGGACUGGCACAUUUCUGUGAGCAUAUGCUAUUCUUGGGCACCGAAAAAUACCCAAACGAGAACGAUUACAACAAAUUUUUGAGUGAACAUGGAGGUAGCAGUAAUGCCGCCACAUAUCCCGAUCAUACUUUGUACUACUUUGAUAUUGUACCUGAUGAAUUGAACAAGGCUUUGGACAGAUUUUCUCAAUUUUUCAUUGCACCCCUAUUCACUGAGAGUGCUACAGAAAGGGAAAUUAACGCUGUUAAUUCCGAACACGAAAAAAACGUACCAAACGAUGUUUGGAGGAUGGAUCAGUUGGAUAAGCAUUUGUCUAAGAAAGAUCACCCCUUUAAUACCUUCGGGACCGGUAAUAAAUACACUCUGGAAACCCUUACGAAAGCGAAUGGUGUAAAUGUGAGAGAUGAGUUGUUGAAAUUUCAUGCUCAUUGGUAUUCUUCCAACAUUAUGUGUUUGGCUGUUUUGGGGAAAGAAAGUCUUGACGAACUGGAAGAAAUGGUGGUAAAUCUGUUUUCCACAGUGGAAAACAAAAACGUAACAGCCCCCAAGUGGGAAGAUCACCCAUUUGGCGAAGAAAAUUUUCGCACCUUAGUUUACACAACUCCAGUGAAGGAUGUUCGUAAUCUAAACAUUGUUUUCCCCUGUGAAGAUCUCACAUCAUACUACAAAUCUGCGCCUGGUCAUUAUAUUAGUCAUUUAAUGGGCCAUGAAGGACCCGGUAGCAUAUUAUCUGUGUUAAAAUCUCGUGGUUGGUCGAACAAUUUGGUAGCAGGUAACCGACCGGCCCCUAGAGGACUCGGUUUUUUCGGUAUAGCCGUCGAUCUAACCGAAGAAGGCAUAAACCACGUAGACGAUAUCGUAAAACUAAUUUUCCAGUAUUUGAAUAUGCUUAAAAAAGAAGGACCCCUGCAAUGGAUACAGGACGAAAACAGGGACAUUGGGCAGAUGUCGUUUAGGUUUAAGGAUAAGGAAUCCCCGAGGGGAUACAUUUCGGGAUUAGUGCAUAGUUUACAGGAGUAUCCCAUAGAAGAUGUUCUGUCAGCUCAUUAUUUUUUCAACCAAUGGAACCCAGACCUGAUUAAAAAAGUUUGGAGCGAAUUUUCCCCAGAAAAAGUCAGAUUGGCUGUUAUAGCGAAAAAAUUCGAAAAGGACCUCAACGAAACUGAGCCAUGGUAUGGGACCAAGUACAAGAAAAUUGACAUUCCUAAGGAAACUUUACAAGACUGGGAAAAAGCUGGCUUGUGCAACGAACUCAGAAUACCGGAUAAAAACGAAUUUAUACCGACAGAUUUUGAUUUGUACCCACUUGAAAAAGACGUUCCCGAACACCCCCUAAUCAUACAAGACUCGGCAUUGAGUCGCGUGUGGUUCAAACAGGACGACAAAUAUUUGUUGCCCAAGGCAAACGUUAUGUUUGAUUUUGUUAGUCCUUUAGCUUACUUGGACCCCCUGAAUUGCAACUUAACCCACAUGUUGGUACAACUGUUUAGAGACGCUCUAAACGAAUAUGCGUACGCUGCGGAGUGCGCAGGCUUGAGAUGGGAGUUGGUAAACACUAAAUAUGGACUCAUUCUUGCCAUUGGAGGCUACAGCAACAAGCAACACAUUCUGCUGGAAAAAGUGAUCGAGAAACUUGUCAACUUUAAAAUCGACCCCAAAAGAUUUGCGAUUUAUAAAGAAAACUAUAUCAGAAACUUAAAAAAUUUCAAUGCCGAACAACCUUAUCAACACGCUGUAUAUUAUUUGUCGGUGCUGCUUACUGAGCAUGCGUGGACAAAACAGGAACUACUUGCCGCCGUAGACCAGGUGACAAUUGACAAACUGGAAGUAUUCAUCCCUCAGAUGCUCUCCAAAAUGCACAUAGAGUGCCUCAUACACGGCAACGCGAACAAAGAAAAAGCUCUAAAGCUCGUCAAGGUGGUGGAGGAUCAUUUAACUUCAACGUUGAAUAUGUCGCCACUUUUGCCGCGACAGCUGCUGCUAAACCGCGAGUUGAAACUGGAGGACGGUUCGGAUUACCGCUACCAAGUGGAAAAUAGCGUGCAUAAGUCUUCUUGCAUCGAACUCUAUUACCAGUGCGGCUUGCAGUCCAAAGAGAACAACAUGAAGUUGGAGUUGUUUGCUCAAAUUAUUCAGGAGCCUUGCUUCAAUAUUCUCAGGACUAAGGAACAACUAGGUUAUAUAGUCUUCAGUGGCAUAAGAAGAUCAAACGGUGUGCAAGGAUUAAGAAUAAUUGUCCAAUCUGACAAACAUCCAGAAUUUUUGGAUUCCAGGAUAGAGGAAUUCUUGGAAGGAAUGCUGAAAUACAUUACGGAUAUGUCCGAUCAGGAAUUUUUAAGGCAUAGGGAAGCCCUGGCGGCCCAUAGGUUGGAAAAACCUAAACAAUUGAGUUCGCAGUCGCAUCUCUUUUGGUCCGAAAUCACUGCUCAACAAUAUCAUUUUGAUAGGGCCAAUGUGGAGGUGGCCUACUUAAGAACUAUCAACAAGGAAGAUAUUAUUGCAUUUUACAAGGACAUCCUGCGCGAAAACGGCCCGCACCGCAAAAAAAUGGCGGUGGCGGUCCUCUCGACCGCCGACGGCGGCGCCGGAACCCUCGACGAGCCGGAACUUCCGGAAAAACCGAGCGAAGCCCGGCUCAUCGACGACGUCACCGUGUUCAAGAGCACGCACGAGAUGCACCCUCUUGUCCAGCCCUACAUCAACAUCACCCGCAAAGGUAACAAGUGCAAACUCUGA